GUCCUAAUUACUAUAAUAAAUUCCUUUAUAUAAGGUCCUUCUGUUAUGUAUACAUAUACUCAGCAGUUAGCAUCAUUCUCUCUCUCUCUCUCCUUAAUUAGCUAUUUUUUCCAGAAAAGAGAGCAUGGCGCUCAAGCUGCAUGGUCUCCCCAUGUCAACAUGCACCACUCGUGUAAUGAUUUGUCUCCAUGAAAAAACUCUAGAUUUCGAGCUUAUCCCGGUUGACCUUUUCUCCCAAGGAAACAAGCAACCUCCAUUCCUUGCUAAGAAUCCCUUCGGUCAGGUUCCAGUAUUAGAAGAUGGCGAACUCACACUUUUUGAAUCUAGAGCAAUAAAUGAAUACUUGGCAGAGAAGUUCAAGGAGUCGGGGCAUGAUCUGCUAAGGUCAGAAAACUUGAACGAAUCAGCUAUUGUGAAGGUGUGGAGAGAAGUGGAAUCCCAUCAAUACGACCCUGUGAUAUCCCCAAUCGUGUAUCAACAUUUUGUGGCUCCACUUCAAGGCAAAGCCCCAGAUCAGAAGAUUAUUGAUGAAAAUCUAGACAAGCUAGCCAAGGUUCUAGACAUUUAUGAGGCUAAGUUGAGUGAGACCAAAUAUUUAGCUGGGGAUUUCUAUACCUUGCCUGAUCUUCAUCACUUGCCCUACACUUUCUACUUCAUGAAAACCCCGUGGGCCUCACUUAUCAACGAUCGGGCCCACGUUAAGGCCUGGUGGGAUGAUAUUUCUUCGAGGCCCGCUUUUGAAAAAGUCGCGCAGGGUAUGACUUUUGGUGAGAAAUGACUUUGUGUGGAGUUUUUUUUUUUUGUUGUUUCAUUUUUAUUUUUAUUUUUUGAAAAAAAAUGUGUUAUUUUUGUUUUUCAUAUCAGUUAAUUUGAUUAGUGAAAUGAAAAGAAAGAGAGAGACUGAGAGGGAAAUGAGGCUUUAAGAAUUUAAGAUCGUUUGUCCCUAUUAAUUAGUUACAAUUCAUUGAAUAU